CAACCACGGGACAGAAGACCAGAUGGCUCCCCGCACUCAUCGCCCCCUUCUUCCCUCCCUCUUCAUUCCUUUCUGUCUUCUUCGUCCCGCAAAAUUCACUCCCUUCCUUCCCAGUUCUUCUUCUUCUUCCUUGGCCAGCCCAAUUUCUUCAAGCAGCAACAGCAAGAGCAAGCUACCCAUUUCGAGUACCAGUUCCUGCUUCAGAUUCAAAAUCCCCCACCGUUUUGGAGCUGCUCGGGAGAAAGGGUAUUGAUAAUCCACGAUUGCAAUUUCAGAGGAGAGCAAAGCGGGGAAGAAGGGAACGCCAUGAAUCAAUCAAUUAAUCCAUCAAUCCGCAGUUGGGAUUGUUGAGAACUCAGAAAGGCGGAGAUUUCCCUUCAAGCCCCACAAACAUUCAUUCCCCUUUCUUCUUUAUGUAAUGCAUCAGAAGAAAUCAGAAGUCCAAAUCGGAAAAGAAAGCAGCGGCGUCUCUUCCGAUUUCAACCCUACCCCUCCACUUCUCUUCCCCCCACCGCCCCAUCCCUCUUCCGCCACCACUGACCACCACCGCCCCCUCAACCAUGAUUCCUCCACCACCGCCGGCGCCCUGCCUUUCCUUCCUCCUCGGAUUCUCGUCGAUUUCGCCGACGAGACCCCUAAUGACCCAAUUGCCCCCUCCCCUUCAUCGGCUUCUUCUGCAUCUACCCCCUACAAGCGGACCCUUUUGACCCACCAACAUCACCACGCCCUCGCUGCUCCUCCCCCUCCUCCACCGCCUCUGCCUCGCCGCUCUUCCUCCCUUUCCAAAUCACCCACCAUCUACCAUUUCUCUCCAUCCUCCUCUCCUCACCACCAUCAUCACCCGCUAUUGACCCUCUCCAUCGCUGCCAAAUCCACCGCCCUUCGGUUCCUCCGCCGCUUCCGCCACUUCCGGCGUAUCCGGGUCCAUCUCCGUCUAAUCCUUCUCCUCUCUCUCCCCUUCUUCUACUUCCUCGUUUCCCAUCCCAGCCACUCCUUUUUCCUCGACUUCUUCUCUGCUUUUGCCUUCUCGUCUGUUCUCUUGUUCUCCCUCAAUCUCGCCCUCCCUCGGCUCCCUUCAAUCCGGCUGUUCCUUGCCCGCUCCUUUCCCAUCAAGCUCGCUGCUACCUCCAAGCCACCGUUGCCUGUGUUCUGGUCGAUUGGUUCCAGACCCAGAUCGGAAAAAAGAGGUAAUUCUGGUUGUUGGGUUCAGGUUUACAGCAACGGGGACGUCUACGAGGGCGAAUUCCACAAAGGUAAGUGCUCCGGGAGUGGAGUGUACUAUUAUUACAUGAGCGGGAGGUACGAGGGGGAUUGGGUUGAUGGCAAAUAUGAUGGCUAUGGAGUGGAAACCUGGGCCAGAGGAAGCCGCUACAGAGGCCAAUACAGGCAAGGUCUUCGUCAUGGGUUUGGAGUUUAUAGAUUCUAUACUGGAGAUGUCUACGCUGGGGAAUGGUCUAAUGGCCAAAGCCACGGCUGUGGAGUUCAUACUUGUGAAGAUGGUAGUAGGUAUGUCGGAGAAUUCAAGUGGGGUGUCAAGCAUGGUCUUGGUCACUACCAUUUCAGGGUGUCUUAAGGGUCUUCUUCUGCUUACUUGCAUUGAUGCGGAUAGUUGAAGUUGGAUGGUCAAGAAUAAAGCUCUUUUUCCGUUGGACGGAAGCACUACCCCUGUCUUUGACGUUUACCUUAUACAUGGGGCUAGGAAAGCUAUAUAGCUUAGCAGGGUUUCCCCCCCUUCCUCUCGUCUCUAAGUUGAUGGAAUGGACGGCAUUAUCAUUUGAUAGUGGGAGGAAAUGGAAGGUGGAGAACAACAGAAACGGUGAUACGUAUUCUGGGGAAUAUUUUGCGGACAAGAUGCAUGGAUUUGGGGUGUACCGUUUUGCAAAUGGGCAUAGAUAUGAAGGAGCCUGGCAUGAGGGUAGAAGACAAGGGCUUGGAAUGUAUACAUUCAGGAAUGGGGAGACACAAUCAGGUCAUUGGCAGAAUGGAAUACUUGAUGUUCCAAGUACUCAGAAUACAACUCCUCCUGCCUCGCCUGUUGCUGUUUAUCAUUCUAAAGUACUCAACGCAGUACAGGAAGCAAGGCGGGCUGCAGAGAGGGCUUACGAUGUGGGGAAGGUGGACGAGAGGGUGAAUAGAGGCGUAACAGCAGCUAACAGGGCAGCCAAUGCAGCUAGAGUAGCAGCGGUUAAGGCUGUCCAGAAACAAAUGCAUCAUCCUAACCAUCUGGAGAAUGUACUUCCAAUCCCGAUCGUGUGAAAUGCAAAUGCCAGGGAAGCGGCAGUUUUUCCAUGUCAUCCUCCGUCUCAUCCCACUUUGUGUCAGAUCUGGAAAUGACUCAACGCUGUGCCACUGGAAUGGAGAAGAGCGAUUGGAAGAGAUUGGCCAGUUCCAUUUUUGUUAUAACCUUUAUGUUUUUGUAUACAAGCAAAGCCUUUGUGUCCUAAGAGAUAGGGAGUAGAAGAAAGGAGUAUGAGUCCUGAGUGUGUGAGUGAGCUCUUGAGCCUGUUUCUUGGGUUCUGUAUAGAUGAGUUUAGAUAGUAGGAGCACAGGUGAAACCUCUGCUCGGCACUGCAGACAUAUUUGUAUUCAUUAUGCGGAUAUUGUUAGAGAAGGAAGUUGGCAAUCAAUGUUUGUUCCUUCCUUCCCUCCUAGUGAAAGAGGAUCAGGUCUUUUUUUCUCUUCAAUUCGAAGACCUCUGGCUUCAAGGACACUGAUGAUAACAAAG